AUGUUCUUGCUUGAUGUACUUGCUGGCUGGCCAGGUUCGGUUCAUGACUCGAGAGUGCUUAGAAAUUCUGGUCUUUACGAAAAUGCUGCAAAUAAAUUCCCAGGAGACUCGUACCUGUUGGGAGAUGGAGGCUAUCCUUUGCUAAGGUUCUAAAAAGAAUUACAUAAUAUUUGUUUUUGGAAGUCUUAGCCUAUUUUGAUCCUCAAUAAACCUUGUGGGUACUAUUGUCUGGUAAAAGAGCCCUAAAAUACUUAUUAUUGAUGCUUUUAUGUCACCCUUAAAUGUGAUAGUUCAUUUGCUUUAACAUGCCACUUUGUUUUUUAGAUGGCUGAUAACUCCACUUAAAAACAAUGGUUAUUUAACCCCCCGUGAAAAAAGAUUCAACACAGCACUUUCAAGUUUACGACAAAUAGUGGAGCGGGCUAUCUCACUCUUAAAAGGUCGAUGGCGUAAACUAAAGUAUCUUGAUCAUCUUGAUUUGGAACUUGCUGUGCAAAUUAUUAUGGCUGCAUGUGUACUCCACAAUUUUUGUCUAUUACAUGAUGAUUUUGAUAACUAUUUCCUACCAGAUGAUGAGGAUGACAAUCAGCAAGAUGAUGAUGAUAACAACAACCAUGAGAUAAAUGAUGGUGCAGCAGUCCAAAAAUGA